AUGUUCGUACCUUUUUAUAGUUCUCUCACCAAGAUCUUUGACACUUACAAAUCACAAACUCCUCAAGAUUCUCAAAGAAAACAAACAGAUGCAAUCUAUCAUCUCCUAGGAAGCAUUUCUCUCAAUGAUGAAGACAUUAAACUGUUUGGAGAAGAUUGUGUUGAAUCAAUCAAACCAAAGGUCAAGAAACAAGUAGAUAUGAUGAAAUUGGUUGGCCACAGAGAUACCCUCACACACGAGAAGAUAAUCACAAACAAUCCCAGCCUCCACGAGAAAAAGAACCUCACAUUCAAAGAAACAUUGGAAGAGAUGAGAGCAGAUACAAAAGAGACGAAAAGAGUGUUAGAUCAAACAAUCGAGAGCUUGGAAAUAGAGAAGAUGAAGAUAGAGGGAUUAGAAAGAGAGAAGAUAAAGAUAGAGAGAAAGAUAGAGAGAUUAGAAAGAGAGAAGGUGUCAAGAUAUGAAGGAGAGACGGCCAACAUGAGAAGGCAACUGUGGAUAAUUGCAUGUACCAAAAAGGAUCCCAAGCAGCAGAUACCUGAGCCAAUGUGGAUGAAAAGCGCCAGAAAGAGACGAAAUCACUUGGCACAUCAAACUGAUUUGGAAACAGUGAUGAAGCUAGCCGAUGACUAUCCUAAAGUUUAUGAUAUUCUUUUAGAAACGGUAUAUGGAGUGCCAAAGAACGAAAUCAAACUGCUACUUGACGCGGACAAGACUGGCGGGAAUCAAGUUUAUAAUAUCUUGAAUGACCGUGGGUCGGCUUUUCACAACCGUUAUGCCAAUACUUGUGUAGAGCCUUUCAAUUUGUGGUUAUCAGCAGUGCGCAGUCUUCAAGAAACACAAUCAGCCACAGCGAAGAAACCAUCCUCCGAUUACGAAAGUUGCGUCCAAAAACAAAAGGCUGAGGUCCAGAAAUCAAUUCGAGAGUGGGAUGCAGCCUUUAAAGUGGAUAAGUUGAAGAGAGACACCAAAACUAAGAAAUGUCAAAGGAUGAUUUACAAGGAUUACGAAGACAGAGAUCUGUUUCCACGUAUAUGGGAAAGUUUUGGUGUAGAGUGGAAAUAG